AUGGCUGUGGCAGGGCUGGAGGUAGAUUCCCGCCUUCCGAAGGAGCUUGGGGGAUCUCAUGCCUGUACACCCACUGCUUUCUUCUUCUGCCCCGGUUUCCUGGAAAGUGCGGCAGAGGCGCUGUGGCCGGAAGUCCUGCGGUCACGGCCCCCCAGGCCGCAAGCCCCGCCUGGAUGGGCCCCUCAGCCUCUUCCCGACUGCGGCACUGCUCCGGCGCAGCUGGAGGCUUCUCUGCCCUGCGGCCACCUCGAGUACAGGAACCCUGGCAACCAGUGCUGUGGCAGCUGCCUGCAGCGUUUCGGGCCGCCCCCUGCUCCAGAGCUGCUGAGUCUGGCACUGCAGCCCCUUCUCCUGGAUGAGCUGGAGGUGCUGAUUGUACUUCUGGACCCUGAGCCUGGGCCAGCUGCGGGUACUGCCUGUGGCACCACUUGACACCUGGCUCCUUUGUCCACCUUCGCCUACUCACUAUGACCCAUUCACUCACCUCUGCAGGCCCUGAUCAAGAUGGUAGUGGCAAGGGAGUCCUCUGCCUUUCUGGGCCAGCUUCGCACACAGCUGGCCCUGCGAGGGUGGGCUGAUACACUGCAGGUGCUACUCAAGCUUGGCUGGUCUGCGGCUUGCUUGCCUGGUACUAAGAAAGCUUCCCUUGAAGUAAAUUCCUGCUCUCUCUGGGCCUCAUUUAUGGGACCUCUUGAAAUAUAGUCUGAAUUGGGCCAAGACCCAACAUUCCCUUCAUUCUCCUCCCACAAGAGAAGGGCCUCUUCUACCACACACAGAAGACCAGAUGUGGGAGAGCUGACCUUAGGUGCCUCUGGGCAAACAGGGACCCUCUGAGAAGCGGCCUUGCUACCCCCAGGACAGCUCACCCACAGGGACCCAGCUGCAUUCUAAUCUGGAAUAUGUAGAACAUGUGUCACUCUGAAGUCCAACAAUGGCUGCACCUACCUACGGAUGCUGACAGGCUUCCUUGGCAUGGGAAAACGGGAGCUCUUACCUGUCCCAGCACGACACAAAUGGCAAGACCACCUCUCCAAACAUUGACAGACUUUAUUGUGGGGAGGUUCCCACCUGGGAUCCCACCCUCUUAAAUAAAAAAGUGCAUAGAAAAGAA